AAUUGGUGCCAUUAUUUUUAGAAGUUCAAGAAAAAGAGGAACAUGCCAAAAAAUAAAGGAGGCGGGGGAGCAAAAGGAGGGAAGAGCAAGGGAGCUGACGGUGACGAUGAAGCUGGGAGUAAACAGCCAAAAGGAGGAACUGCCGUUAAAGUUAGGCAUAUUCUGUGUGAGAAGCAGUCUAAAGCAUUAGAGGCUAUAGAGAAGCUGAAGAGUGGCAUGAAAUUUAAUGAAGUUGCAGCCACAUACAGUGAAGACAAGGCCAGAUCAGGGGGCGACCUUGGCUGGAUGACUCGAGGCAGCAUGGUCGGUCCGUUCCAGGAAGCUGCUUUCGCCCUUCCCAACAGCACCAUCAACCAGCCAGUGUACACCGACCCACCUGUCAAAACAAAGUUCGGUUACCAUGUCAUUAUGGUGGAAGGAAAAAAAUGAUUGUAUUGUG